AUGGGCAAGAGUGUGGCUAACUUGCUGCAUGAUGCCUCUGACAGGAACCAAAUCUCUGUGACGACAUUGGGCGAACCCAUCACGGGCAGCAAGAACAGCCAAUCAGACGGCUGGAGCAGCGUGGAUGAGGAUGAUGGGGCGUUUGAAGCUAAUGGUCAGGAGACGAUGUCACCUUCCUCAGGCCCAUCUAUAGUUUCAGAAGAAGAGUUGGCCAGCCUAGCCAUGAUCAGUCCAGCUAAAACCAGUCAAUACUCUGGACCCAGAGUGAAAGCCCUGAUACAGAUACUACAACAUCAACUAGACCAGCAAGAACUGGUCCGAGAGUUCAUGGCCUUGGAGCAUCUACAGCCAUUUGAUAACUGUCUGGUGGGGAAAGCUCCUGAGAACCGGGAGAGGAACCUCUACCGGGACAUCCUGCCCUAUGAUAAGGCGCGUGUUCUAGUGGGUGAUAACCAGGACUAUAUUAACGCCAGUUAUAUCCGUAUGGAGGUUGGCAGUGAGGAGUUAUUCUAUAUCUCCUGCCAGGGUCCUCUGCCCUCCACCGUGCCUGACUUCUGGCAGAUGGUCUGGGAGAACAGGUCUGAUGUGAUAGCCAUGAUGACCCAGGAUGUGGAGAGAGGCAGGGUGAAGUGUCACCGCUACUGGCCAGAGAAGGUUAGCUGUCCCCUGGACACGGGACGCUUCCAUCUCUGCUUGGAGAACCAGCAGAUCCAGGAAUACUUCCACAUCAAGAUCAUCCGCAUGGUGGAGAAAGAGUCUGGUAAGACCCACUUUGUCCGUCACCUGAAGUUUACCCGUUGGCCUGAUCAUGGUGUGCCGCAGUGUUCAGAGCAGCUGGUCAGGUUUAUCCGUUACCUCCGAGCGGUCCACCAUAAAGGACCUGUCACUGUACACUGUAGUGCUGGAAUAGGACAAACAGGAGUACUGAUCUGCACCGAUGUCAUACUGAGUCUCAUAGAAUACGAUCUCCCGAUCAAGGUCAGUAGCAUUGUUAGGGAGAUGAGACUGCAGCGAUAUGGCAUGAUUCAGACCAAGGAACAGUACCUGUUCUGCUACAAGGUAUGGUUGGAGGUUCUACAGGGCAUCCUGCAGCUGCAUGGUAACCGAUGGCAUCCUGAGAGCCCCCGCAAAUUGCAACCCGAGAGCCCCCCGCAAACUUAUGGGCCCUCACAAACACAGUAG